AUGCGGUGUGACGUCAUCCGCGCAGCGCGCUUGCGCCACGCCGAGGUCCGACUGCGGUUCACGUGGGCAGACCAGAGGAUCGCCGGCGGAGGCCAUGUGCGACUGGCGAGCCGCCGGCGAGCCGGAGCGAGCCCGCCGAUAGCGCGGACCACGAGGAAAUGCCGGAAACGCAGCAGCGCGUGCCGGCUUCCCUCGGCCGAUCUGGGUCACCCGAGGGACCAGGCGGCUUUCGCUCUCAACGCCGGCGGGUCGGCAGCGACAGUCGACAGCUGCUGCGCUCGGGACUCGUCGGCGCGCCGUGACCCGGGACGGACGAUGUUCACCAGCAACACGGACGGCACAGCCGAGGUGGCCGAGCCCUCACCCGCCGAGUUGUACCCGCCGGAGCCGGCGGCCGACACGGCGCUCCUGGACGACAACACGCUGGACGAUGCGGAGCCCGAGAAGCCACCCCCGGAUCCCGGCGUGCCGGACGGCCCCGUUGUCCGACUCAGGCAGCCGUGCGCGGCCAGCCCGGCCCGGACUGGCGAGCCGCUGCUCGACGUCAACGGACGGCGGCCCGACGCCCACCGCAAGUUCCUGGUCGAGGUGCGGCUCGACGAGGAGCCCAAGAAGACGCUCACUCACUGGGACGUGUGUCACUUUAGUGCGCUUCCCAAGUGGCUGCAAGACAACGACUACCUGAUCAACGGCCACAGGCCCCCGCUUCCGUCGUUCCGCGCCUGUGCCCUGUCAGUGUUCCGCGUGCACACCGAGACUGGCAACAUCUGGUCUCACUUGCUCGGCUCUCUGGCGUUCGCUACGACGGGCGCACUCUUCCUGUGGCGGCACAACCUGCCGCUCGCGGAGCAGGCCGUGUUCGGAGCUUUCUUUUUCUGCGUGUUCCUCUGCUUCUUCACUUCCACGCUGUACCACACCAUGCACUGCCACUCAGAGCACAUUGGCAAAUUCUUCAGCCGACUCGACUACUGUGGCAUCGUGAGCAUCGUGGCCGGGUGUUUCACGCCUUGGAUCCACUUCCUCUUUUGGUGCGAGCCACGAACCAAGCUAUUUUACCUUCUGCUGGGCUACGCUCUGUGCGUGGUCACCAUCAACCUGACCAUGUGGGAGAAGUUUGGCCGGCCACACUUUCGCCUGCUCCGCGCUUCAGUCUUCACAGGCCUGGCCAUCAGCUGUUCGCUACUCCCCGGCGUGCACUUCGUGGCAGUGCAUGGCCUUCACCUGGCCUUCUUUGAGCUCGCGUACGGCUGGCUUCUGGCCAUGUCGCUGGUGGCACUAAUCGGCGUGGCGCUGUACGCCCUACGAGUGCCCGAGCGCUACUUCCCGGGUCGCUGCGACAUCCUCUUCCAUAGCCACCAGUUCUUCCACCUGGCCGUCAUCGUGGGCGCAUACAUCCACCUGCGCUGCCUGUGCGUCAUGGCGCUCUACCGGCACUCGCCCGUCGGGGCCCAGUGCCGUGCCUGACCAUAUCCCACAAGCAAUAGCGAGCUUCUGUGAUACCGGGACGAUGAUGCCUCACACACGUGCCGGAGGGCCUUCCCUACAGAGCGCCACUAGGACAGACAGAGGGACUAUUUUGCAUACUUUUAUAUUCCCCGCUGCCACCGGCCCACCCUACUGUGCGUAGAUGGUGCAUCCUCGCCGUUCGCCGAGUUCAGUUUCGCACGCCUUUGCUCUCUCACCUUGCGCAGUUUCGUACGGUAAGACCUGUCGCUCCCACCGCUUAUGCAUCCGCCGGUACACUCGGCUGGGGCCCCCUUCUUCGUUCAGCGUCCCUCGAGACCCUGAGCGCCGAAGGCCUCCGGCAGGGAGCCAUGGCGUUGGAGCUUUUGAAUGCAAAUCUACCAAUGUGCCCCUACACAAAAUAUUUUUUUUUGCUAUCGAAAACCACAGUGCCGUGAAGAUGA